GCAACCACAAGAAACACACGUGUGGGAGGAAGGUUGAUGUUGGGAGUUUCACUCUCUGCGCAUCUUAUAGAGAGACGACUGUAGCAUCGUUGCUUUUACUGCACAGAAAACAGACAAAUCAGUGCUGUCACUCGUGGAAUUCAUUCAUUUUUUUUAAUGAAUCACUAACUUUUAGGGGAAUCCCCAGUGCGCAUCGCACCGCUGAUGCGUAAAGAUCCGUGCGUAAAAUCAAAAUCACCGCCACUGCUGUGUCACAGAGAGACAAAGAGGAUUUAUUUCAACUUAAUCAAGAGCUCUGUUGCUGAGUGAGUGAUUGACACGAAGAGGAUUUAGUGGAGGUGGUUUGGUGACAGCGACACUUUCUCUGGACUUUCAGUUUGGAUUGGCACCGCAGCGUCCUUAAAUCCUCUGUGGACUUUUUCAUGUAUCAGUAGAGUGGAGAGUGGAAUCCUUUUACCCACAUGGGACCCUGACAGUUUUUGGAUCUCUUAAUUGUCACGGCUAUCACCUUCUAUGUGUAACAAGAGGGGCAUAAAAACCGGACUGAAAUCCCCAUCAGGAGUAACUUUAUUUCCGAGGGCUUCCAGCAUCGAAUCAGUGGAGUAUUCAUGAAGCAAUAUUUGAACUAUUACAAGAUGAGGCUGAGAACAUCGAGGUUAGGUUAUCUGUUACUUCAGUUCACGGCGCUUUGCUUUUAUGCACAGAACUCUGUGCAGUCUUCUCCUAAUUUCAAGCACCAUGUCACCGAGCAGAGCCGACUGUCGGACCGGAUGAGCCGCCGGUUGACCCGCACUUACCAGUUGUACAGCCGCACCAGCGGGAAACACGUCCAGGUUCUGGCCAACAAGAGGGUCAACGCCAACGGAGACGACGGAGCGGUGCACGCUAAACUGGAGGUGGAGACGGACUCUUUUGGAAGUCGAGUCCGUAUAAAAGGGGUGAAGACAGGAUACUACAUAUGCAUGAACAAGAGGGGGAAGUUGAUCGGCAAGCGGAAAGGACGGGGCAAAGACUGCAUCUUCACUGAGAUUGUUCUGGAAAACAACUACACAGCUCUCCAGAACGCCAAGUAUGAGGGCUGGUAUAUGGCUUUCACACGCAAGGGCCGUCCGAGGAAGGCCUCCAAGACCAAGCAGCAUCAGAGGGAGGCCCACUUCAUGAAGCGUCUACCCAGGGGGCACUUGCUGAGUGAGAGGAGACCGUUUGAUGUUCUUCCUCUCCCUGUCCCCGUGCAGCCUUUCAGCAGGCGGACUAAACAUUCCCAUCACCAGCGCUCAGGGGGCCGCUGAGGACUGAAACCACUGAGGGAGAACUGUGGAUGAACCAGCACCAGAAGAACCACUACAAGAGAAAGCAAGUGCUCCCGGCAAAAUCAACUUUUACAGUCAAGUGCCCAUACACUUUUUGCCUCAUUUUGUGGACUUAUCAUAUAAUUCAUUGUACUGGAUUUUAUGUAAACAUUGACUAUCUAAUCUGCUAGUUAUUUCCAAUUCAGAAAGAUUUUCAAUUAGGAAAGAUUUUUUUUCUCUUAUUAAAUCAGGGGGCAGUUGAAGGACUGAAGAGCUCAGCUACAUUGACAUGAAUGAAAACCUUUGGUUAGCCAGCUCAGCAACAAAGAAUGUUUAUAAGAGGAAUGAGUACAAUGAAGCUAGACACGGCAGCUAUCUGUGGAUUUUCUUGUGGUUACAGCAUCUGAGUCUCAGUUGACAUGCUAUCUUGCCUUUAGGAGGCAAUUUUGGAGAAUUUUAACCUGUUUUUUCUACAUAUAUGAAUAUAUUUUUACUGUAAAAAUGUAAAUUACGUCAAAUGAUGGAAAUAUUUAUUGUAGAGUGUAUAUUAAAACCACUAAAGAAUCAGUUCA